GGAGAUACCCCGUCCGGUUCAGUCUUCAGAAAAAUGUCCCGCGGGUCAAACGCAGCUCUCGUCGUUGUCCUUUUGCUGGGCAGCUCCUGCUGGGCGGCCCCGGAGUGCGGCCGCAGUGCGGAGCAGUGCCACGAGCACAGGAUGCAUCCGGAUCUGCCAGAGCCGGAGCCAGUCGCCGGCCGGAAGAUGCGUGUGGUCGAGGGUGACGACACCAAUUCCUACUGGCGGCAGCAGGGCAUCGAGUUUGUGCAGCGGAAGCUUUCCUCUGAGCCCAACAAGCGCCAGGCCAAGAACGUGAUCCUCUUCCUGGGUGACGGCAUGGGCGUGACCACCACCUCGGCCUCGCGGAACCUUCUGGGCGGCGAGGAGAAGUCGCUCUCCUUCGAGAACUUCCCCUACUCGGGUCUCUCGAAGACCUACUCCGUGGACAAGAUCGUUCCGGACUCGGCCUGCACGGCCACAGCCUACCUAUGCGGUGUGAAGGGUCAGGAAGGCACAAUCGGAGUUAAUGGACAGGUGCCGCGCACCGACUGCACCGUCAUGCUGGACGAGAACACCCACGUGAACUCCAUUGCCAAGUGGGCGAUGGAUGCAGGAAAGUGGGCUGGCCUGGUGACCACCACCCGCGUCACGCAUGCCUCGCCCUCUGGCGUCUAUGCCCACAUCGCGGAGCGGGACUGGGAGAAUGACGCGGAGGUGGCCGGCGACUGUGGAGCCAACUCUGGCAUCCACGACAUUGCCUACCAGCUGGCCCGCGGAGAGGUGGGCAGCAAACUGAAAGUGAUCAUGGGCGGCGGACGCAAGCACUUUGUGGCCUCUAGCUUAGCGUCUUGGGGUGAGCGGAAUGAUGGCCUCGAUCUCAUCGAGGAGUUCCAGUUGGAAAGUAACAAGAAUGCCUACGUCACCACCUUGGAUGAACUGAAUGCCGUGAAUCUGCAACAGACAGACCGCCUGCUGGGGCUCUUCAACGACGAUCACCUGAAGUAUCGCAUGGAGACCACCGAGGACAGUCAACAGCCCACCCUGGAGCAGAUGACCCGCAAGGCCAUCGAGUACAUGAGCCAGAGCGAGCAGGGCUACUUCCUGUUCAUCGAGGGAGGUCGCAUCGACCAGGCCCACCACAUCAAUCAGGCGAGGAUGGCCCUGAACGAGACCAUUGAGUUCUCCAAGGCCAUUGCUGCCGCCCAGGAGUUGACCAGCGAGGAGGACACGCUCCUGGUGGUCACCGCGGAUCACUCGCAUGUGUUUACCUAUGGGGGUUAUGCGAACCGUGGCUCGGAUAUUUUCGGACCAGCUCCUGUGACCGGACACGACGGUCAGCCCUACAUGGUUCUGAGCUAUGCCAACGGACCCAGCUAUGAGAACUUCUACGACAUGGCCACCAAGGAGCGCAAGAACCCCACCACGGUGGUGAAGGGAGAGCACGACGACGAGUUCCCAUCCGGAGUACCCAUUGACAUGGACUCGCAUGGCGGCGACGACGUCCCAGUCUUCGCCUUGGGUCCUUGGUCUCAUCUGUUUACGGGAGUUUACGAGCAGAGUACCAUUCCCCACCUGAUGGCCUACGCAUCCUGCCUGGGCGAAGGACACACCAUGUGCAGCACUUAAGAAAGUCCGACCCCAAGAUGUUUAGAACUUAAUAAUGGAAAUAAAAUUUAUCUUAAAACAGGCCAAA